GUUGAGAAGAUAGUUUCGUAUUGAAAAAAGCAAACCGGCAUUUAAUUAUUAAGAAAUUCUCAUUGAGAAAAAAAAUGAAAAUUGCAAAGAAUGUGUUCCAUAUUCUAGUGGCGCUAAUGACGCUAUCGUUCGACUUGACUGCAGCCGAUUUCAAAUAUAACGUCAGUUUGACUCAAAUGGCAACAUGCCACCACUAUGUGAUUCCCAUGAGUCGGGGUUAUAAUUAUGCUGAUUUCUUUCAUGUACAAAAAUUAAAAAAUAAUAAAUUGGCCGAUAAUGAAGUGUUACAUCUGAAAUUCUAUGUGAUGACAGCAAGAGAUGCCCAUAUAUUGUUGUCGGUUACAGAUCAUCCGCGUUUGGUGGAUAAAGUUUAUGAAAUAGUCAUUGGAGCCGGUCGCAAUACAUUCUCCACAAUACGUACCAGCAUGGGACGUCGUCGAGUGGCUACAAAUCAGGACGCAAACAUUUUAUCAAUGCUUGAUUACACCCCCAUCGAAAUUAUACAGACGAAGGAUGCCAAUUUAUUGGUCUACAUAACGGGCUUCAAAGAGGAACCCCUGAUGAAUUUCACCGAUUCCUCACCCCUGGAGAUCAAUUAUAUAAGCUUUACCACCUAUGACAAUAUUCCGGCCAGUUGGUUUUACGAUUGUCAAUUUGAUGGUUUUGACUCUGAGUUGGAGGAAGAAGUUCGCCCCAUGACGCCCAUGCAAUCGCUGGAGAAAUAUAUCAAUGACAAGGCUGAGAAUGGUUCAUUUCCGGCAAUGUUGAGCAAUGUUGAUUUGGAUUUUGUUGUGGCUUCCGUAAAUUAUCAACACGAUCGUGGUAUGAUGCACACGAGAAUGAAUUUGAAAUUGACUUGGUAUGAUCCUCGUGUUAUUUGGGAUCCCACAGAUCACUAUGAUAUUGGUUUCCUACAUUACCAUGACAAUGUCAUAUGGCAGCCUACACUUUUAAAAAUCAACUCCAUUGAACAUGCUGACGAAUACUAUAACAUAGAACAUCGUAUAAAAAUCGAUUAUAAUGGUACAGUGACAUCGAUAUUUGAAAAUGUGGUUUUUAGCAGCUGGUGUCCCAAUGCAAUGAAAAAUUGGCCGAAUGAGCACUUACUAUGUGAUGUGAUAUUUGGCUUGGAUCCAGGUCCUUUGGGAACAUUAGACUUGAUCUACGAUGGUCAUUGGGCCCAUCCUAAAAUAGAGACAUUAUCGGAGUGGACAUUGAAAGCCAUUACAGUAUCAACUGUUGAUAAUGCCAAUAACAUGAGGUAUACUGAUAAAAAGGUACUCCAGUCCAUGGUUGGUGAUAUAGCCAUUGAGUUUGAAAUAGCUAGAAAUAGUCGGUUCUAUAAGAAUGUUUUUUCCAUGCCAAUUUUGACAUGUCAAGUUUUGAUUAUACUCUCCUUUUUGUUAAGAGGCUAUCGUCGUGGGGCUUUGCUGCUGGUGGUGGUAAUGGUCCUAUUGUUGGGACUAAUGUUUUUGACUAAACAUGCCCCCAAACCCUAUGUUCCUCCAAUUAUGAUGGCCUAUCAGCAUAUCCUGCGAGUGGCCACAUUCUGUUACAUACUUCACAUUUGCCUAAUGUGGCUGGAGUUGUAUCCCCCCCGAAGUAAGCCCUACAAUUGGUUAAGUUCCAUUGUCCAUUUUUCUCCUCUGCGUAUUGCUUUGUGUAUGCGUUUGUCUGAUAACGAUGUGUUUAUUGGUUCAGAUCAGCAACCCUGGAGAGAAGUGGCCAAGAUUCUCAACGCUUUGUGUUUUGUGGUGAUAAAUAUAAUUUUCAUAGUGGUUGUUGUUCUUUUACUACCUCAUGUCUAGUGAUGGAAAAAUUCUUUAAGCAUUUCUUUAUUUCUUGUAUUUUUGUAUUAUAU